CCGUGCGGCCGCCGCCGCGCCGUGCCCCGCCGGCCGCGACUCCGAGAGACCAGCCCGAGGGCGUUGAGAGGCAAAAUGGUCCAUGCCGAAGCAUUUUCACGUCCCCUGAGCCGGAAUGAAGUGGUUGGAUUAAUUUUUCGUUUAACCAUAUUUGGUGCUGUGACAUAUUUUACCAUUAAAUGGAUGGUUGAUGCCAUUGAUCCGACCAGAAAGCAAAAAGUAGAAGCUCAGAAACAGGCUGAAAAACUAAUGAAGCAAAUUGGAGUGAAAAAUGUCAAGCUUACUGAAUACGAAAUGAGUAUUGCUGCACAUCUCGUAGACCCACUUAGCAUGCAUGUAACCUGGAGUGAUAUUGCAGGCUUAGAUGAUGUUAUUACAGAUUUGAAAGACACUGUCAUUUUGCCCAUCAAGAAGAAAUAUUUGUUUGAGAAUUCCAGGCUCUUACAGCCACCAAAAGGAGUACUUCUCUAUGGCCCUCCUGGUUGUGGCAAAACGCUGAUCGCCAAAGCUACAGCAAAGGAAGCAGGUUGUCGAUUUAUUAAUCUCCAGCCUUCAACGCUGACGGACAAAUGGUAUGGAGAGUCUCAAAAACUGGCUGCUGCUGUCUUCUCCCUGGCUAUAAAGCUCCAACCGUCCAUCAUUUUUAUUGACGAAAUAGAUUCCUUCUUACGAAGUCGAUCGAGUUCUGACCAUGAAGCUACAGCUAUGAUGAAAGCUCAGUUCAUGAGUCUGUGGGAUGGACUGGACACCGAUUAUAACUGCCAAGUCAUAGUGAUGGGAGCCACCAACCGUCCUCAGGAUCUUGACUCUGCGAUCAUGAGAAGAAUGCCGACUCGGUUUCACAUCAACCAACCUGCUCUGAAACAAAGAGAAGCUAUCUUGAAGCUAAUUUUGAAAAACGAAAAUGUGGACAGGCGUGUAGAUCUCCUGGAAGUUGCUAAAGAGACUGACGGCUUCUCAGGCAGUGAUCUGAAAGAAAUGUGCCGGGAUGCGGCACUCCUCUGUGUCAGGGAAUACGUGAAUGCUGCCUGUGAAGAAGAGAGCCAUGACGAAGAUGAAAUUCGGCCUGUGCAGCAGCAGGAUCUCCACAGGGCGAUUGAGAAGAUGAGAAGAUCGAAGGACGCCACACUGCAGAAUGUUUUGAUGCACGUUAGUUUAGAUUAAGACAAAAGGGUGUGUUUGCGGUUUCUGAUGUGAUUUAGUUUGACUUCUGUAAUCAGUUAGCAAAACCAAUGUCAGGGGGUGGGAGCAGGGAUGUUCCUUGAAUAAGGGAGUUCUGUUUCUGGAAUUGUUUUUAUACAACAAAUUCUAAGUUAUUGAAAUUCCGUCACGCGCAACUAGAAGAGUAGAUCAUGAAGUGGAACAAUUACAGCCCAGACCAAGAGCAACUGCCGGUGUCUUGUCCCGUAAUCGAUAACGCUGUGUAGCCUUACGGCAGGUUCUGAUGUGGUGCGUGGGGUCAGCGGGUCACCGGUGUGGCGGGGAGACGAUCCGUUACCAGUUUGUGUAUAUAUGUACAAGCGUGUGCGUAUGUAUGAAAUGUAUAUAUCCACACUUUUUUUUUUUUUUUUAAUAGAGAGACAUAAUCUGUAGAUAACUUGAGUAUGGAAAAUCUUUUCUACUUACUGAAUCAACCAAAUCAGAAGGUGUAUAGAUUAAGGGUUCGUCGAUACUCAAUUCACAUUUACUUCUUCCUUUUAGCAGCAAAUACGAAGACAGAAAUUCUGCUUCUAGAAUAACUUUCAGGCAAAAUUUGAAAUGUUACUGAUUUUUCUUUCACGUGACCACUUGAAACCUGGUGCCAUUUAGUAAAGAUAGUAAACUACUGUAAAAAUGUUUGAAUACUUUUCAUUUUGUAUGAAUUCUGCUUUUUUUUGAGGCUUUUUAAAUGAAUGCUGGUUUUAUUUUUAUUUUUCCCUUGAUGUGAGUAAUCGGAGUAGAAUCUUAACUGGCCUUUCAUAGAGCCCCACAUAUUAGAAGCUCUCUGAAAUUGUGGCUUUCUGAUCUAUUAUGCGUUGUAACGAGGGCUUGCUGCUAUUUAACCUCCUCUGGAAGACCCACUUCUGCACUGUGGCAUUGUACCGUGAAGCGUCGUAUGCGUAGCUCUGAGGCGCGGGGGGGACGUUUUGCUCUGUCACGUGCUCUGAUCUGCAAAAUCGAAGGGAAGGGAAGGGGUUUGAGGUUUAUAAAUGUGAUUUAGCGAUGUUCUGCUGUACUUGCCGGUAACGGUCUUAGUAAACUCAUGUAACGUUAUGUAGCGAUAAAGGCAAAGGGUGAAAAAUGUGAGUGGCGAAAGCGUUCUGGUGAAGUUCUUGUCAGUAGGUUUUCAAUAACUUGAUUUGUCUUCUUACAAUGUUAUGAAUUGGGCACUAAUUCAACACGAAUACGCAGUGGGAAUUGGUCGAACCCCCGGGGUUGGCACGCUGUGUCACGGCUCUGCUCGCUGUCGAGGGAAGGUAGGCACCGAAGGCAAGAUAACGAUGUGAAAGUUAUCUUUCACAAGUGAAAAGAAAG